AUGUCGCUAGAGAACAAUAGGCACUGCGAGACGACCAACGAGGCCGUUGCGGCUCAAUACGCUUUUGUGAAUCUUCAACCUUUACAGAGCUCAAAGAGGAAGAAUAGACAGCAGCACUGUCACUUCUUCGCGCGGGCAAAGUGCCGAGACGGAGAGAAGUGCAAGUUUCUGCAUGAGAAGAAGGCGAAAAAGACCAAGCAAGAUAAGUGUGGAGAAGCCGCUGGGUCAGUGGCCACGCAGGCUCGAGUGGCUUCGACACCUACAGCAACACCUGAACAAAAGAAGAAGACGCGUAAAUGCAAGUAUUUCGCCUGGAACAAGUGCCGCAACGGAGAUAAGUGCAAGUUCUCCCACGACGAGAAGAAUGGCGGGGCUAAAACGACCGACCAUCCUCGCUCAGUCGUCGUGGUGCUGGGUGCGCCGACUGAACCCGAGAAUAUAGUGACUGAAGGCACGAGUACGUGGUCUGAUGCACAACAGCGUGCUCUCGAUCUGGCCUUGAAGAAAUACCCUGCGUCGAUGGACAUUUCGGAGCGAUGGACCAGCAUUGCCAAUGAGGUGGAUGGUCGGUCCUUGAACGAAUGUAUCGACCGCUUCAAGCUGCUAAGGGAACUUGUGCGGAGCGGAGUGGACCCCGCUACCAUAGUUUCGUCCGAAGAGGAGGCACUGUCUCGUGAUAGCGAGGAAGAGCCUCUCAACAAUAGGAUCAUUCCUCCAGAGCUGCGUGUCGCCGUCGAGACUGAGCCAGAGGUGACGGGCACGCAGAUCAGACUCGAAGAUUUCUUUCUCCACGAGGUCAAGACACUUGUUGCGCACCAACUUGUUUGCCAGCUCCAAUGCGACAGCUGCCCACUUACAUUCGACGCCACUUUUAACCUGGAUUCGCCGAAGACCCAACGCUGGUGUCCGCGAUGCCGCGUGCGGCAAAAUGUCCUGAUGAGACCCGUGUUUGCCCAUUCUCAGAGCAAUAUCUUGGCUUAUGUGGAAGCUGAGAGCUGCUCCAUUUUCGAUGUAUUGCCGUCGGAUAUGUUGGCCACUUGCCUGGAAUGUGGAAGCGAAGCUCUGUUGGAGGGGGUUACACCAAGCCAGCGAUCAGAACAAGUCUGCUUCUCAUGCCACACCAAGCUCGCUGUAAUGGCGAAGCGAUUCCUGGCUCGGCAACUGGAAGAGACGAAGCGUGAGCGUGAAGAUCCAGUGGAAGCCAAGCAAAGACCCACCAAAUUCAAGGAGACUUUCAUCCUGGGUCAACCAUUACCUCGAUAUGGAGCUUGCAACCACUACCGGCACUCGCUGCGCUGGUUUCGGUUCCAAUGCUGUGGUAAAGCACUCCCGUGCAACGUGUGCCACGACUCGAGUGCCUGCUCGAAAGCCAACAUGGGGAUUCUUGCCACUCGGAUGAUUUGUGGCUUGUGCUCGAAAGAGCAGUCGAGCUCGAUUAAAGUGUGCUCCUGUGGCAACGACGUCGCAUCCAAGAAGACAACCACGCAUCACUGGGAAGGUGGCACUGGCUGCCGCAAUUAUUUCUUGAUGUCGCGCUGGGAUAAGCAGAAGCACCGAGGCCAGAACAAAACGGAGAGCACCAAGCUCACUCGUGUAGGGGUGGAAGCCAAGAGACGCAGAGAGAACGCCAAUGCGAACGCCAACCUUCUCGUUCCAGGUGUCCAGUAG